UCCUAUUUCUUUUGUUACAUUACGAUUGUUCAGUUUCAAUUCUGGAACGCCGACACGAUAAAGGAAUCGUCGGAUAAUAAUAUAUCGCGUUAAAUCACAAUAUACCACUUUGAAGUAUCCGUGAAAUUUCAUACACCGCCGAUGCGACAACACCUUUUCUAAGCGGGAUUGAUUUGCGCACACCGCAGUCUACCGACGUAAAAAUCAAUCAUGACCGAACCACCAUCAUCACCUCCAAACGAGUCUGCCACUCCCGAAGAGUCCCUAGCCUGGUAUAAGAGACAAUAUGAAUUAUUAGGCGACGAGCUAGCAGAGUUUCGUGAAUCUAGUCACGAGCUUGAGGCUGAACUCGAAAAGGACUUGGAUGCGGCGGACAAGAGGCAGCGCGAACUUCAGAAAAAGGCUGAAGAGCUGCAGUUUGAAGUUGAUGAGUGGAAAGAAAAAUGCAAAAAGGCGAAGGCUGAAGCCAACUCGGCGCAGAACGCUUUAGAAAAAGAGAUUACGAAUCUCCGCGACGCCAACCGCACCCUGCAGCUAAAACUACGCGAUAUAGAAGUGGCCAAUGAUGAUUUUGAACGCCAGGCGCGAAACACCACGUCGUCUCUCGAAGAUUUGGAGUCCAAGUAUAAUGUUGCGAUCGAGCGAACCGUCAUGAUGGAGGAAGAGAUAAGGAUAGGCGAACAGGAACGAGAAGCCUUACGAAUCGAAGCCCAACGAUUGCGCGAGGAACUAUCCGACCUUAAGGUCGAGGCCGAGAUCAUGCAGGACAAGAUCAAAAAGGCAGAAAACCGUCACCUGUCAACUAUCUCUACGGACAUAUCUAUCCCCGAGUCGCCUACUUUUGAAGACUCGCCUCGUUCCACAGCAAGUUCACCACUCAUUACCACGCCUCCCGACGAUGUCACUUUGCCUCCUCCGAGUAAAGACGCGCCUUUACUUAAUGAGCCUCCAUCGCCACCUAUGUCUGAUGCAUCGGCUCCCCUACCCCGUCCCUCUUCCAGGACACCCGGACCUUCAGCGCAGAAGAAAUCCCGUCUUCCAUCUGCGGAUCGCAGCAUCACGCCAAAGGCGAAGGGCGCCGUUUCAGCCAACUUACGGGCCCCGGGCAUGCGCUCCGCUACUACCGCGCGCACGCCGGCUCCAGCCCGCACUUCAAACCGUGCGGCCUCGCACAGGAUUCCGCCAUCAACAUCCCUUACUCAUAUCCGCUCCCUCACUGCUCAAAUGCAACGACUCGAGGCUCGCGUUCAAUCAGCGCGGUCUAAGUUGCCUGCCCCUGUGAGCACACCUCCGCGCGCAUCUCCUAGAUCAUCGUUCACUGGUGCAAGUCAAGUGCCGCCCACUGUUACGAUGCGUUCAAGGAAGCGUACCAUCGGCUCCACUAGUUCCUCGGUAAUAGAUGAAACCCCUACUACUAGCCGGCACGUAUCCAGGCUCAGCACCUCCGGCAUAUCAAGAUUAUCCUUCGGGCCAUUACCUAACCGGACCAAUGCGUAUGAUCCUGAUAGCUCCGCUAUUAGCAUCUCGCGACCUAGUAGUCGAGCGAGUGUCACGAGCUAUGCAAGACCAGUUAGUCGUACUGAAAUUGCUCGACCAAUGUCUCGUACUAGUUUCUCAAGUACGAGAGCUCCUAUAGGAAUGAGACCUAGAAGUUCUCUUACUGGUAGUUUCCAUGGCCAUUCCCAGAGCGUAAGCCGUGUCGACCAUGAAGAAUUCGACGAACGAUACGAAGAUCGCGCUCCAAGUCGCCGAGGAACCUACAGCAAAUUUGAUAACGACGGCUCCGCCAGCGGCAUCCCGGCUCCUAGUGGGAUUCCGAUGCCCAGGCGAAUGAGUGGUGGAAUGCAUUCGGCUCGCAGAAUUAGUAAUGGCACGUCGAAUGAUUCCACCACUGGGAGACCUAGGAAAUUAAGCGAUCUUGGAGAAACUUACUAGUCGAGCUACCGCUUCUAACAUUUUACUCUUCUGUUGUAUUUGUUUGAAGUGCCGCGCAUAUCGCACUGUCGAACGGGUGUAGGGGCCACCAGCUCUAUACAUUCGUCGCGGCGUUGAGCCGAGGCGUUACGAGUUACGGACGGAUUUGCAUAUCAUACUUGCUAGCAUACGUGCUUGCAUUUUCAUC